ACCGCUCGAUCAUUCACUCCUUCGCAUUGUGGAGAUUAAAAACAUUAUUAGAGGUGCUAGAUUUUUUGUUAGUAUAAGAGCUCGUUCCAGCAUCGCAACUCUUGCAGUGCGGUUUUGGCGUUGAUGUUUUUAUCUGAGCAGUUUAAUCUGGUUUUCAGAAACCUUGAAUUUUAAAGCUUGCAAAAUGUCGCCUGGAAGCACAUCAUCAUUUUCACCGUUUUAUAUACUUUUUGCAUUGAUUUUGUUGAUGGUUUCGGGCCUCGGCGCGGCUGCCACAACCACCGGAAGUUCCGUUCCGGUUCCCACUUCCGGGCCCAUUAUUGGAGUCCUGGCGGAAGAAAUAACGUCGGAGUCUAUGCAAAAAUUUGCUACAUCCAAUACAUCGUCUUUCAUAACCGCUUCGUACAUAAAAUGGAUUGAAAGUGGCGGAGGUCGUGCAGUACCCAUUACUCUCAAUCAACCGGAUAGUUAUUACAAUAACCUGAUCUCUAAAUUGAACGGCCUCGUGUUUCCUGGAGGUGCGGCAUCGUUACAUCUGGGUGGAUAUGCGAAAGCGGGAAAGGUUCUCUAUGGCACUGCACAGACGAUGAACCAGCAAGGCAAUUAUUUUCCCAUUUGGGGCACCUGUUUAGGAUUCGAACUGCUCAGUACGUUCACAGCUGAUCGGGGGAAUAUUCUGGGCUCAUGCAGUGCAGAAAAUAUCAGUUUACCGGUGUCCUUUCAAAAUGGAUAUAAAACCUCAAAAAUGUUGGCCAGUGCCUCGACCGACAUCCUCAGUAUGUUGGCCAAAGAGCCCAUCACCGCCAACAACCACAAGAAAUGCCUGGCUCCGACUAAUUUCACGGCCAAUGGUCUUAACACCAAGAUGAACAUCUUAGCGACUUCAGUUUCCCAGGAUAACGUUGUUUUCGUGGCAAUGGUGGAAGAUUCUCGAUAUCCUUUCUAUGGCGUUCAGUUUCAUUCGGAGAAGCCCCAGUUUGAAAGUCAUCAUCCAUCAGCGGGAGCCUUUGCAGCGCAUGCUGUCCAGGCCGGCCAAUAUUUUGCAAAUUUCCUGGUUUCUGAAGCAAAGAAGAACAAGCAGCGCUUCGCCAAUAAGGAAGAAGAGGAUAAAUAUUCUAUCCACAGCUAUAAACCAAUUCCCGCCAGAGGAACCAUCUACGAUGAAAUCUAUGUUUUCAACUGAACUGUUCUAGUAUUUUGAACGUUAGCGAGAAGAUUUUACGAUGUCUUGGGUGCUUGAUUAGUUACAAUUUUUUACGUAUCUAAAGAUAUACGUUUGGCUGCGUUUAUAAAUAAUCAGUGCGGCAA